AUGAUUGAUCCUGAUAACUUGAAAUGUGGUCAAAUAGAAGCGAAAUUAAAAUUAAAGGAAUUUAUUUUAAUAAAAAAUAUUAAAGGAAAUUGUGAAAAGUGGUUAAACGAUAUUUCUUUAGUCGGAAGAACAAAUGAAAAUGAUGAAGAAGAAAUUUUUGAAGGGUAUGCAGCAUGCAAUUACUGUUAUUCAACAUAUCGAACUCACAGCACAAAAGACAAACAUGGUCAAAGAAAGAAUUAUGGUCUUAAAUCUAUACAUCAACAUUUAAAAGAAUGUUCAUACAAAUCUAAAAAUCAAUCAUCUAGAAUUGCAUCAUCAUCAACAACCAAUAUUUUACCACAAGGACCACCAUUACGUCAAGCAUUGAUACCAAAAUUUACUUAUAAUAAAAACAAAAUUUCAAAUAAAUAUCAAAAUAAAUUAAAAGAUGCGGAGCUAAAGUUCGUUGUUGCUGGAUCACAUAGUUUAAAUUCACUUGAGAAUGAUGGUAUGAUUGAACUGUUACAAUUGGGUAUUGAAAUUGGAAGUCAUUAUGGAAUGUUAGAUGUACAUGAUAUUUUUUAUGGUCGUAAAACAAUUCGUGAAUAUUUAUUAAUAAAAUUUGAUUCAUAUCUUAAAACAAUAAGAAAUGCUCUCGAUGAACCAAUAAAAGAGCAUUGUUUGGCAGCAACAUGUGAUUUAUGGACUGAUGAUUUUACUAAAAGAUCUUAUUUAGAUUUUACUGUAUUUUGGACAACUAAAGAGUAUGAAUUAAAACAUUCAUUGCUGAGAUGUAAAUAUUUCGAAGAAGAAUCAAAAACAGCAGUAAAUAUUUGGAACGAAUUAAAAAUCAUUUUUGAUUCAUUCAAUCUAUCUUAUGGUGAUACACCAAUCACGACUGAUUCUGGUUCGAACAUAGUUGCUGCAUUUAAAAUUACAGAUGAAACAAGAUUACCUUGUAUGGCUCACCGAUGUAAUACAGUACUUCAAAUAGCUUGGGAUGAAACAAUAAAAACGCACCACGAUUUUGAGAUUUUUUGCAAUUGCAUAAAAGAUUUGAGAAAAUUUAUUAAUCAAACCAGUGGAAUACAAGAUAAAUUACCAAAGUCAAUUAAAUGUAAUAGUGGAACUCGUCCAUGGAGAUCUUAUUUUACAGUGCACGAUUCACUGAAUGCUUCAUUUACAACAUUAACACAAAUUUUAAGUGCACGAAAUGAACAACAUCGUAUUUUUUAUAUUAAUACAGUUUUAUUGCUUAAUAUUGUUGAUUUAAUGGAACAGUUUUCAUUAAUAUUUGAUUAUUUAGAAUUUUCUAAUUGUCCUACAUUGCAAAAUGUAGUGCCGAGUUACUACAAGAUGGUCAGUUAUUGUCAAAUCAAAGUAAAUACACAAGAGAAACAAAUAAUCAACACAUUGAAAUCUGAAAUACUGAAGGCAUUGGGUGAUAAAUAUUGGUCUUCUAUUACACUAUUACAUUGGAUUGCCACAUUUUUAGAGCCAACAUUCAAGUCUUUAACAUUUGUUCACGACAAAAAAGAUCGAGCAAAACGUUAUAAUGAAAUACAGAAAGGAUUACAUGUAUUAGCUGGUGAUGUGUUGACAACUUCUGAUGAUGAUCAACAAAUAUUAAUUCCACCAACUGAUCCUAUCAGUUCAUCUUCACCACCUAAAAAAAAACACAAAAAUGAUCCUUUUGUUGAUGUUCGUCAACACGUUGCAGCAAAUCCAUCUCCAUCGUCAUCAAAAACAACAUUGGAAUCGUUAAACAUUGAACUUGAUCGGCAACUUCGGCUAUAUAACAACAUGACAUUAAAUAAUAAUUCUGAAUAUGACAAUAAUCCUUUGUUAUUUUGGAAACAACAACAAGAUCAUUUAUCAUUGUUGGCUAAAAUAGCCAGAUCAAUUUUUGCUAUACAAGGUAAGAUUUUCGUUUGA